GGGCCCGCGCCCUUCGGCGGCACCGUGGGCAUGGCCUUUGGCGACGAGCUCAAGGCGGAAUACCGCGAGAAGGCGCGGCGGAUGUUCUACAAGGGCUACGACGCCUACAUGGCCCACGCCUUCCCCAAGGGCGAGCUGCUGCCGCGGUCCUGCGUCGGCGCGCACUUCGACCUCGUGAAGCUGCCCGUCGUCACGCUCGUCGACGCGGUCGACACGCUCGCGAUCCUCGGGAACCGCUCCGAGUUCCAGGGGGCGGUAAGACGCAUCACCGAGGUCCUGCCGGACUUCGACGUCGACGUCAACGUCUCCGUCUUCGAGACGAACAUCCGGGUAUUGGGCGGUUUAUUAUCGGCGCACCUCUUCGCGACGGACGAGCGGCUCGACCUCAUGGAGCCCCACGGCGACCUGGCGACGGGGGGCUACGACGACGAGCUGCUGAAACUGGCCGUGGACCUGGGCUGGCGUUUAUUGCCGGCCUUCGACACGGCGACGGGCAUUCCGUACGGCACCGUGAACCUCGCCUACGGCGUGCCCCGGGGCGAGACGACGGUGUCGAGCCUGGCCGGCGCCGGGUCGCUCUCCCUUGAGUUCUCCGUGCUCAGCGCUCUCUCGGGGAACCCCGACUUUGGGCGGAAGGCUCGAGCGUCCGCGCGCGCGCUCUACGACCGGCGGUCCGUGCUCGGUUUACUCGGAAAGCACAUCAACAUCCGCAGCGGCAAGUGGGUGGAGGCGUUGAGCGGCAUCGGCUCUAACAGCGACUCCUUCUACGAAUAUUUAUUGAAGGUCUACCUCGUUUUCGGCGACGUCGACCACUGGGACAUGUUCCUCGAGACGUACGCGCGCAUCGGCGACCACGUGCGCCAGGGCGACUGGUACGCCGACGUCGACAUGUUCGCGGGCAAGCCCCGGCGCCAGCAUUUCGAAAAUCUGCAGGCGUUCUGGCCGGGGUUGCAGGUCCUCGCGGGCGACGUCGCGCUGGCCGCGCGGUCGCUGAACGCGUUCUGGGGCGUCUGGGCCGACUGGGGCGUGCUGCCGGAGGAGUACGACUAUGGCACGUCUCAUUUGGUAGCGACGACGUCGGCCCUCCGGUAUCCUCUGCGGCCCGAGCUCAUCGAGUCGACGUACCUGAUGCACCGCGCGAGUCGCGACGAUUCCUGGCUCCACGCGGCCAAGCUCGCGCUCGACUCCAUCGACGCCUACUCGGCGACGGACUGCGGCUACGCGUCCGUGCUCAACGCGGCGACGCACGCUUUGGACGACGAGAUGCCGUCGUUUUUCUUGGCGGAGACGACGAAGUACCUGUACCUGAUCUUCGACGACGACAACUUCGUGCACGCCGAGGACUACGUCUUCUCCACGGAGGCGCAC